CCUUUGGCAGAGCCAGAUGCAUCUGGAACCAGACCGACCGGAAGCAGGACACGAACGUCUCAGUCCUUGGGAGUUACCAUCAGCUAUACUCAGCACAUCCCGUGCCAGUGAAGCCUAGCAGUGGCCAGCCGUGUGGCGAUGGGCAAGGAGAGGGGCGCCAUGCGGGUGCUCCUGGGGUGCAGCCUCAGCGACAAGCUGUGUGUGCUCCAGGAGCAGCAGUAUGAAAUCAUUGUGGUCCCGACCUUCUUUAUUGCUGUCUUCAUUAUCACUGUUGCCAUCAUCCUGUGGCUGUUUAUCAGAGGACACAGAGUCCAGUGUCAGUCUCCUGGACCCCAAGACCCUGCCCCUGUGCCUCCAUCGACGGAUUUUCUCAGGGAAGCCGCAGGACCUGGAGGAAAUGUGCAGAUGCCACUUAAGGCGACUUCGGUGGAAAGUCUUCUAGAAAGCAGCACGCAAGCCUUGGCUCAGCUCCAGGUGCCCCGGGAGCGAAUCUCAGAUGUCCUGGAGAAGAUCGCCAGUGGGACAUGUGGGUUCAUCUAUCGAACACAGAUGCACACCGGGGACCCUGCUAAACCCAAGAGUGUCAUCCUCAGAGCUCUAAAAGAACCCGCUGGGCUCCGAGAGGUGCAGGAUUUCAUAGGGCGAAUCCACUUCUCUCAGUACCUAGGGAAGCACUCAAAUCUGGUACAGCUGGAGGGCUGCUGCACAGAAAGGCUGCCACUCUACAUGGUGCUGGAGGACGUGGUCCAUGGGGACCUGCUCAGCUUCCUCUGGACCUGUCGCCGGGAUGUAAUGACCAUGGAAGGCCUUCUUUAUGAUCUCACAGAAAAACAAGUCUAUCACAUCGGAAAGCAGGUGCUUCUGGCUCUGGAAUUUCUCCAGGAUAAGCACUUGUUUCACGGGGAUGUGGCCGCUAGGAAUAUCCUGAUCCAGAGUGAUCUCACCGCUAAGCUCUGUGGACUGGGCUUGGCUUACGAAGUUCAUGCCCGUGGGUCCAUCCCACCUACCCGCAAAGUACCUCUCAAGUGGCUCGCUCCAGAACGGCUCCUGCAGAGACCAGCUGGGAUCAGAGCAGACAUCUGGUCCUUUGGAAUACUACUCUAUGAGAUGGUGACUCUAGGAGCACCACCGUACCCUGAAGUUCCCCCUAACAGCAUCAUACAGCAUCUUCAAAGACAGAAAAUCAUGAAGCGACCCAGUAGCUGCACAAAUACCAUGUACGGUCUCAUGAAGUCCUGCUGGCGCUGGAGUGAGGGCAGCCGACCCUUUCCUAGAGAGCUCCGCACGCGCCUAGAAGCAGUGGCCCGAAAUGCAGAUGACAAGGCUGUGCUCCAGGUGCCGGAGUUGGUGGUGCCCGAGCUGUACGCAGCGGUGGCGGGUAUCAGUCUGGAGAGCCUCUCCUACACCUACAGCGUCCUCUGAGCAGUAGAAAAGACUAACACUCCCGGGGGCCGGACACUCUUGGAAUCAAUUCUUCCAGGAACAGAGACUAGACUUUCUCGUGGCACA